GGGCGACACUUCAUGACUAGUGCACACACAUUUUUCUUUUUACAUUAAAACCCCCAAAUUCUCAUCCAUGACUGUUUCACCACGGUCUAAGACACCUCCCCUAGAAAUGCACAAACGCCUGCCCCCAAAGUCUAGUAGCAGGAGACUUUAUGCAUGUGAGAAUCUGCACGUAGCAUUCAGACUUUUAGGAAUCCAGUCCUUACCACCAGCAGAUGGCCAACAGUGCACCGAAACAUCACAGAUAGGACGGACAGUGUUCCAUCUUCUUCCCGGUAACUGCAACGAGUCCGGUUGGAGUUUGAGACUUCAAGGACCAAACCACCGGUGGGAGACAUACAUUUCUGCUACAGGAUGCUCUCGUUUAGGAUGGAGCUGCCAUGUUGGUAUUUAUUGGUGCUAAACAGUCUGCAGUCGCUCUCAGCCUACAAUGACUUCUACACCUCCAUAGGCCAUAUGACAGAUCUGUUAUACACAGAAAAAGACCUCGUCACCUCUCUAAAGGACUACAUCAAAGCAGAGGAGAACAAGCUGGAGCAGAUCAAACAGUGGGCUGAUAAGUUGGAUUCGCUGUCAGCCAAAGCCAUUCAGGACCCCGAGGGCUUCCUGGGGCACCCUGUCAAUGCCUUCAAACUGAUGAAGAGGCUGAACACAGAGUGGGGGGACCUGGAGAGCCUUGUACUCAGUGACACCACUGACGGAUUUAUUUCCAACCUGACCAUCCAGAGACAGCACUUCCCCACAGAUGAGGACCAGACCGGGGCAGCUAAAGCUCUCCUCCGGUUACAAGACACUUACAGACUAGAUGCCAACACCAUCUCUACAGGAGACCUACCUGGAGUGAAACACAAGAGCCUUAUGACAGUGGAGGACUGUUAUGAGCUGGGGAAAAUCGCCUACUCUGAUGUCGAUUACUACCACACAGAGCUGUGGAUGGCCCAGGCCCUGAGACAGCUUGAUCAGGGAGAGGAGUCAACGUUGGAUAAGGUGACAUUGCUCGACUACCUCAGCUACUCCAUCUAUCAGCAGGGGGAGAUACAGCGAGCCCUGGAUUUCACCAAGCAGCUGCUUAAACUGGACCCAGAGCAUCAGCGCGCCAAGGGCAACCUGAAGUACUUUGAAUUCCAGUUGGAGAAGCAGAGAAAGGCUGACGAGGACGCAGGUGAGAAAGGAGAGGAGCGAGGGAAAAGAGAAACGACUGAAAAGAAGGAGAAGGCCAAAAAGGUCUCCAAUCAUCUGAUCCCAGAGAGGAAGAAGUACGAGAUGCUUUGUCGUGGGGAGGGCAUCAGAAUGACCCCUCGCAGGCAGAGCCGGCUGUUCUGUCGUUACUUUGACAACAAUCGCAACCCCAUGUAUGUGCUGGCACCUGUCAAACAACAAGAUGAGUGGGACCGCCCCUACAUUGUCCGCUACCUUGACAUUAUCUCUGACAAAGAAAUGGAGAGGGUCAAGCAACUGGCGAAGCCACGACUACGCAGAGCCACCAUCUCCAACCCCAUCACAGGAGUGCUGGAGACAGCGCCUUACAGGAUCAGCAAAAGUGCGUGGCUCACUGGCUAUGAAGAUCCAAUGAUUGACGUGAUCAACCAGAGAAUUGAAGAUCUCACAGGCCUGGAAAUGGACACUGCAGAAGAGCUGCAGGUUGCAAAUUAUGGCGUCGGAGGACAAUACGAACCUCACUUUGACUUUGGAAGGAAAGAUGAGCCAGAUGCCUUUAAAGAGCUGGGCACUGGGAACCGCAUAGCAACAUGGCUCUUCUAUAUGAGCGAUGUAGCAGCAGGUGGAGCCACAGUAUUCCCAGAUGUUGGUGCAGCAGUUUGGCCCCAAAAGGGCUCUGCAGUGUUCUGGUACAAUCUGUUUCCCAGCGGGGAGGGAGACUACAGCACCCGACAUGCUGCUUGUCCAGUGUUGGUCGGCAACAAGUGGGUAUCAAACAAAUGGAUCCAUGAACGAGGCCAGGAGUGGCGGCGACCUUGUUCCCUAAAUGAAACUAACUGAUGAAAUAAGGAAAACCUCCUCUUCACCUCCCUGGCCCUCUCCCUCCUUCCUUGUGAACCACCCAGGACCGAAGAACACCGCUGCAGAUCACAGAUGAUGCGUAUGGCUACAUGGGGGUCCAAAUGGCUCACUCCCUCUCCACAAACACUCCCCCUUUUCCCCAGCUGUUGUGCUCUGAGCCCAGAGAUUGUUUGGGUUAAAGUCAAGCCCCUGGACAGUAUUAGCAACGCUGUGACAGAUAACAUGUUCUUAAGAUUGUUGGAUGGUUUGGAGAAACACUCGCACCCUUUUCACUCCCACGUGUCUGUCUUUGCACUCUGCGUGAACUCUCGCUUUGGGCUGAGGUUAUCCCUCGGUAGUGACUGUAGGGACCAGCUUCCUCUUCCUUUAGAACCUUAAAGGUACAGUUCACGUUUUUAGGAUGCCUGUCUGAUGCAUUCCUUUCAUUUCAUUAACAGAGCAAAUGGGGGAGGGGAAUGCACCACCUUUUAAAACAGUUUUAUAUUUUUCCUAUACUGGCUUAUUAUUCAGAGGGAUUGAAUUGGCAUACAGGAGUGUCUCUGAAUUUCACACUCCUCUUUUUUUUACAUGUGGUCUUCCAAUAACUUUAAUUUCAAAACCAGCGUAAGUCCUCUGUGGAAGGAAUACAACGAAUUACAGCACAUUAAAAAAACUGACCACAAUUCAGGGUAGUGUUUUAGGUUGAAAGACACCCUUUAUUCCCUUGUAAGUUGUGUAACUAAUCAGAACUGAUUUAAGUUGCAUGGCUACAUCUGUACAGUACAUUUUGACAUAUCACAUACCUUGUUGGUCUCCCUCAAAGCCUAGUGUUUCAUUGUUUUGUUUUAACUCAUUUGAAAGGUCACACUAUGGGAUAUUGUUAGAUGUGUUGUACUUAACACCUGGACACAGACACAGUUAGGUACAUCCCAAUGGUGCAUGGAUUUUGUAUUUGUUCAUCCUGAUCGUCCCAGUGUUUUGUACGGACCCAAAUGACCAUCAGCUGUCAUAUGAUUAGUUAGAGCAACUGUACAUGAACAUUAGGAGAAAGAAGAGUGGUAUGGAUAUGCCACAAUGUGCCAUGACAGGUUUAAAUGUCCAGUUUUUUAUAGAGUGAAUGAUUCUGCUAGGUUUUAACGGUGUCCAGUGCUUUUCAGUGUGAGAAUAUAUGGGUUUUCCAAGGAAGAAACAUUUUAUUUAUAUGUAUUUAGCCAAUUUUGUGUUGUUUUUGUCUCAAACAAAAGUCUGAAAUUGUUAUUUUUUUCUACAAUAAAGACUAUUUUACUGAUCUCACGUUAA